CGGGCUGUUUAUUUAGCAUUCAGCAUUACUCUUCGGUGUGGCAUGUCACUUAUAUUUGCCCGCUAAGGCACACAGUGUGUGCAUGCUCAAUCUCUCGUCAUUUUUGCCCACAAAAAGCGCUGUAACAGCUGCCGCUCAUGCCUUCAUCUCGUCCAUGGCUUUGAUCUCUCUUCCCACACAAGCUCGGCCUUCCUGUUCAGGUUCUGUGGCUCUCUAGGCACGUGUGUUCUUCACUAAACAAUAGUAAUAUCCUAAGAUCCUAAGUUUUUCUGACUGUUUCUUGCCCCAAAUCUUAUCAAGAAAAUCACAAUGUUCUUGCCCUAUGCAACUGCCCCCUAGAGACGUCCUGUGGCAAGUUGAUGUAAUGGGGUCUCCAAUUUUUUAAUCCGGGCAUGCCAACCAUGGCAAUGGCGUUCCCAACCCUACCAGUUACCCUCACAUGCCUCACACUGUUAGCUCUCUUGUCGAUUGUCAUGGCAGCUGAUAGCAACUCCACGGCCACUGGCCUCAUUCUUCUAGAUUGCGGAGCAUCAAGCCCAAAUGUUGAUGAUAGUGGUCGUAUUUGGGAUGGGGACGCCGGCUCCAAGUUCGCGCCAUCAGUGAAAGGAGUUGCAGCCACUGCUUCAUACCAACACCCUUCACUCCCCUCCUUGGUCCCUUAUAUUACUACACGCAUCUUCACUUCAAAUUACACCUAUCACUUCCCUGUCAGUCCAGGCCGCCUGUUCUUACGCCUCUACUUCUAUCCGAUUGCUUAUGCAAACUAUGCUGUCUUAGAUGCCUUCUUUGAUGUCACGGCAGGAAAUCUUGUACUCUUAAAUGGCUUCAAUGCUUCGCAAACUGCUCAGGCGAUCAAUUCUGCCUACCUUGUCCGUGAAUUUUCAGUGAAUGUUUCUUCAGGCAACUUGGACCUCACCUUUGCCCCAUCGGCACAUCAGAAAGGUUCUUAUGCAUUUAUCAAUGGCAUUGAGAUUGUGCCCACGCCUGACAUAUUCACAACAGCUGAUACAAGAGAAGUCAACGCUAAUGGCGUAAUUCCAGUAUCAAUUCCCGCUGACACAGGCUUCCAGACUAUGUACCGGCUCAAUGUUGGGGGCGAUGCCAUUUUGCCGAUAUAUGACUCGGGCUUUUACCGCUCAUGGAACAGUGAUUCCUCGUACUUAUUUGGUGGCUCGGGAGUGACCGUCUCCAAAGAUUUCAAUUUGACCAUUCAGUAUACACCCACAGUGCCGAAUUACACUGCGCCAUUUGAUGUCUACGCUACAGCUCGGUCAAUGGGGCCAAAUGCACAGGACAACCUGAACAACAACCUUACAUGGAUUUUACCCGUUGAUGCAGGGUUCUCUUACCUCAUAAGGUUCCAUUUCUGUCAGAUUAAGUAUCCUAUUACCAAGGUGAAUCAGAUGUCGUUCUUCAUCUACAUCAACAACCGGACAGCGCAGCAGCGAAUGGAUGUCAUUGUCUGGAGCGGAGGAAUCGGUAGAACAGCAUACAAAGACUAUGCUAUCAUGGCUAUUGGUUCAGGUCAGGUGGACAUGUGGAUUGCGCUUCACCCUGAUCUUGAAAGUCAACCAGAGUAUUUUGAUGCAAUACUGAAUGGUCUUGAGGUCUUCAAGUUACAGGGUUACAGAUCGAACAAUCUUGCUGGGCUCAGUCCUCCACUUCCACAAAAGCCUGACGUAGAUCCUAGUAGGCUACCUAGUGUUGGAAGAAAAUCCAAAGGUGGCAAACUAGCAGCCGUUGGUGGAACUACCGGCGGUUUUGCUUUCAUGUUGAUUGCCCUUACCAUCACGUGUGUUACCUGCAGGCAGAAGAAGGUAGCGAAGAGUUCUUACAAGACUGACUGUCCACAUCUCAAUCGUCUCACUGAAUGCAGAAAAUCCACAUGUGAUCUCGUCUGUCGCUUCACAUUUGCAGAAAUUCAACUUGUCACCAAAGACUUCGAUGAAGCAUUCAUCAUCGGCAGAGGUGGUUUUGGGAAUGUCUACAGCGGCGAGAUCGACGGAGGGACAAAAGUCGCAAUCAAGCGAUUCAACCAGAAAUCUCAACAAGGCUUUCAUGAGUUCCAGACUGAAAUCGAGAUGUUGUGCAACUUCCGACAUCGCCACCUUGUGUCUCUGAUUGGCUACUGCGAGGAGAAGAAUGAGAUGAUUCUGGUAUAUGAUUACAUGGCUCAUGGAACAUUGCGUGAGCAUCUAUACAACACCAGAAACCCACCACUGUCGUGGCAGCAGCGCCUUGAGAUUUGCAUCGGUGCAGCCCGAGGACUGCAUUACCUCCACACUGGUGCAGAGCAAGGAAUCAUCCACCGUGACGUUAAGACUACCAACAUCCUGUUGGAUGAUAGGUUCAUGGCAAAGGUUUCCGACUUUGGUCUGUCUAAGGCUAGUCCAGACAUUGACAACACCCACAUGAGCACCGCUGUAAAAGGCACCUUUGGAUAUCUUGAUCCGGAGUACUUCCGGCUGCAGCGUCUCACCAAAAAAUCAGAUGUGUACUCUUUCGGGGUCGUGUUGUUUGAGACCCUGUGUGCACGCCCUGUGAUAAACACCAAGCUCCCCGAGGAGCAAGUGAGCUUGCGUGACUGGGCGCUAUCUUGCCGAAAGAAAGGUGCACUCGAGGAGAUCAUCGACCCCCGUGUUAAGGAGGAAAUCACCCUUGAGUGCUUCAGGAUAUUUGCAGAGAUAGCGGAGAAAUGUGUUGCUGAUCGCAGCAUAGAUAGGCCAUCAAUGGGUGAUGUACUCUGGAACCUUGAGGUCGCACUCCAGGUGCAGGAUAGUGCAAGCUACAACAGCAGCUGUGCCGAGAGUGCGUCAUCUCUUCAGAUCACCGCGGUGGAUUCAGACAGACCAUCUACCAACUCAACAAUUAGCGUUGCAGCACAGGAAGCCAUAUUUUCAGAUAUUGCACAUCCAGAAGGCCGAUAAAAGCAAACUGCAGGUUGCUAUUUUGUUAUUCUGCUACAAGGUUGUUCAGUGCCUCAGUUAUCUUGAUGCAGCAGUAUUAACUACAGCUAUCAAGGAUAAAGGAAGGAUCCACAAUAGACAUCUUACCUGAUUUUAAGCACUCUCCCUUCUCCGAGUCAAUGAAGAACUCAUCAACAGUGUAAUCAAUCUAAUUGGGGUGCCCAGUUGAUAUCUAGUGUCACCCUUUCUGAUUCUCAGCGUCUUAUCCAGCUUGUUGAGAGGCCGCGUUUGCGAUGACAUGGCCAAGAAGCCGACGACGCCACUGAGGCACCAUAGCCUCAUCGGUGCUAUGCGUCGCCAGGUAUAUGGAGCUAGUGGGGCCAGAAUUACAGAGUGAAUGGUAGACUUACGUUUUUUUAGAUAGUAUGCUUAUUCCACAAAAAUUCUAAGAAUUGAUUAAUUCAAUGCGCACCUACUCUCAAACUUUUUUACAUUCAGUCAAA